CGACUGUAUGUUGCUAAGUACCGAGGAUACACGUUCAAUUAGUCGGCGAUAUUAAUUAAUUUUCGGUUUUGAUUACUUGAUUACUCUUUAACAAUUACUGCCAUAAAUUUGUUUUGUGCGUGUGUUUCAAUCAUAAAAUCAAGACGAUGGACUUACAUCGAUAAUUGUAAUGGUGUCGACUUUCCUUUAUAGUUUUACGAUGAAUCUACUUUUGUACAUCGUAGUGUGUUCGAUAUCAUUGCCCGUGGCAUUGACCGUCAUCGUAUGUAAUAACGACAUAUGCGUACAUGCGACUUCCUGUACUAGUAAUCAGUGUGUAUGUGAAAAUGGAUGGUCUGGAACGGAAUGCGAUGCGUGUGAUAGUAACAAUGGGUGCGAUCACGGUGUGUGUACAGAUGGGAGUUGUGACUGUGAUCGUGGUUGGUUAGGCGAAAAGUGUGAAACAUGCGGUUCUGGCACGUGUGUCCAUGGAGAAUGUGAUAGUGGUUACACCCAGUGUGCCUGUAACGAUGGAUGGGAAGAUGUCAACUGUGAUAUGUGUAAGAUAAACGAUGACGAUGUGUGUCACCAUGGAACUUGUAACCAUGACACUGGGAAGUGUGACUGUGACGUUGGGUUUAGUGGUUACGAUUGCGCUACGUGUGGGGAUGGUACAUGUGUGCAUGGGGAGUGUACAGAAGAGAGUGGUUACACUGAGUGUCUAUGUGAUAGGGGUUGGAAUGGAACACUCUGUGAUGCCUGUUUGUCUGAUGAUGCAUGUAUCCAUGGUAACUGUGACACAGACACUGGUACAUGUGAGUGUGAUGCAGGGUGGAGUGGGUAUAAUUGUGGGACAUGUGGUCCUGGUACAUGCAUACAUGGUAUAUGUUCUGGUUCUUCUUGCAUAUGUUCUGGGCCAUGGACAGGAUUACGAUGUGAUACAUGUGGCAGUACCCUGUGUUAUAUCGGAGAAUGUUAUACCAACGACUAUGGAUCUGAUAUGACUUGUGUAUGCUAUAAUGGCUGGACCGGUGGACACUGUGAUCAGGAUGCUGGUAGAGCUGGACUAGUCGAAACAAGCAUUUUGUUGCUAGUUGUAACUGGUUUGGUCUGGAUGAUAUUGAGACAUAUUUGACAAUUUGUGGGGUUCUGGUGCACGUUAUAUCGUGUCCGAUUAGUUAGUUCAUGGCGCAAACGCUCACCGUUUCGUGAAUAAAAAUAAAUGAGACAAUUUAAUGCAGCUUUUUUUUAAAAAAAAUCAGUGUAUCAAAUCAAAUAUUUGCCUAACAUGCAAUGGUGUUAUCGAUGGGUCGAUCCAUGUUAGAUAGAUAUUUGGUGAACGAUUUUCGUAAUCAUUGCACGAUCGGCUGCGAACGAGGAUGCAGAUUGAACUACUCGGAC